AUGCCCACCAUAUACUCCUCCCUCUACUCGAAUUUCGUCCGUCAAGGAUCAACAUUCGCAAAGUCAAUUACAACACACGGUUACGCGCAAUCCGUUGUUGCCGCCACACACCCUCACGUCCUAAAUUCACAAAACCGACCUGUCUUUGUCCGACGAAAGACCAACCGACUCAAUCGCUUCUCUAACCUCCAGCUUCACUCCGCCUUCCACACUGAGCGCACAGCAUCUUCGGGCCUUCCGUCCGUAGAGCAUCGCCCCGGCCAAAACCAUGGAGGUCUAGACGCGUAUUUCGAGGCCUUGCAACACCAGCAGGCCACCGGUGAAGUUGAUUCCGAAUGGACCCAGUUCGAUUUCCAGAAGAGUAUUGAGUGGAAGCCUAGCGCGGCUUCCAUUCUUACCAAAGAUCAAGCCGCCGCUCAAGAGGUUAUUGAGCAGGCUUUGAUCGAGGAUGCCGAAGUCAAGUCGAACUUGUCAAUUGAGGACCAAGCAGCUCUUGCGCACAUCGAUGCUGCUCUCGAGCGCGAGCUUGAGGUACGAAGUCUGCAGGAGGCGGCUGAGAAUGCUGUCGCCGAAGGACGACCGAUCUCAUCCCUUGGUUUCAAGACACGAUCGCCAGCGGUUUCUAGGUCGCAAACUCCCGGAAGUGUCGCUCGAAGCGCCAGUCCGCCAGUAGACCCCCAGUCAUUGUCUUAUGCCGACCAUCUUCACAAGCUUGCUCAUGAUGGCCGCUAUGUCGAGAUUCCCGCCGUGUUCGAGGCCAUGUUGGCAACUGGCGUUCAACCGAUCGCUGGUGCCUACAAUGCUCUCUUGCUGGCUGCUAUUCAUAUUCCCAUGAAGAAGAUCGAGAUUGUUUCCAAGGCUCUCGACGUAUACGCUGAUAUGCUCAGGAGGAAGGUUUCGCCAGAUGCUGACACUUUUAACAUUCUUGUCGGUCUUCUGGCCUCUCGAUGCCUUGAGGUUGCUGAGCUGAAGGCUGCUUUGGAAGACAAGCGGGUACGAUUCGGUGGCAUGGAUGAGCCUGGCAAGUUCAUGCUCGCCUCUCACGAGUUCGAGCAUGCUAUUCUCUGCGAGGACGACCGCCUUGAUUUGGCUAUCAAGCUGUUCGACACAUCAGUUGAUACUGACGUUGCCGAGUACACUGCCGAGACUUACCACCAGCUGAUUACUGCUUGUGCUAAGGACGGACGUGUUGCUGAUAUGCUCCGUCUUUUCGAGCACAUGGAGGCUAGCCACAUCGCCCCUUUCGCCGCUGUUUUCCCUACCAUGAUUACUGCUUUCGCCUCAUCUGGCGACUUGAUUAGCGCUGUCGAAUGCUACAAUGAGUACCGCAACCUGGCUAUUGCUCACGAUGACGGACAGACUACCCUCAACGACCGACUUGACGCUGAGGUUUACGCAGCAGUUAUCAAUGCCUACGUGGUUACAGACAAGAUUGAGGGUGCCAUGAAGUUCUUCUCGAAGAUUGUUACCGAGUAUGGUGUCCGCGCUGCUGAUAUCAAGGAUGCUCUGGUUACUACUGGUUUUGUGAAGGGUUUCAUCACCCGUGGUAUCUACCAGGAGGCUUUCCAAUGGGCACAGUCUGUUGAGGCUGAAUCCCGUGCAAAGGCCAUGAGCGAAAUUGCUACCAUUGCUGCUGAUAAGGGCGACAAGGAAACCGCCAUCGCCGCUUACGGUGGUAUGCCCUCUUAUGCUGAUGACCUGGUGACUCCCGCUACUGCCCUUCUCGCUAUGAGCGUCCGUGAGGGUGAUGUUGUUAGCGCCUCGAAGUACUGGCAAGCUCUGAACCACCCCGAGGUACAAGCUACUACUUCCUUCAUUGAGCCUACAGCCAUGUAUGCCGUUGCUUUGAUUGGUUCUGGUCAGGUUGCAGAGGGUUUGGCUCAGUCCGAGAUGAUGUUCCAGCGAAUUCGAGCAUCACUUUCCGAUGCCCAGUCCCAUCUCGUUGAGGAGGUCGAGGAGGGCGUUGAGUUCAUCUCUCGAUACAUGGAGACUCGAGGCAUUGUUGACCCCCGUCAGCUCGCCCCUCAAGUCCUCGACUUCACACAACAGCCCGCGCCCGCUUCUUACAUGCCAGCUCCUGCCGUUCCCAGCUUUGAGGAUACCCACGACCCUUAUGCCCACACCACCGACUUCAAGGGCUCUUCGCUCAUUGCCGAAGAUCUUGAGGGUAACCAUGGUCGUAAGGGACCUCGUCUCAGUGAGGCUCUCAACCGUUUCCGAAACAUGCGACGUGCCGGCCGACAUCCUCGUUACAUCACCUACGCCAAGCUCAUCUCUGCUGCUGCUCGUGAUGGCAAGAUCGAUCUGUGCUACGACAUUCUUGCCAUGGCCCGCGCCGACAUGCCUGUCCUGCCUCAGUUUGCUGUUGUUCGAUAUGGGUGGUCCAGUAUCCUCGACGCUAUGGUAGGCGCUUGCCUUACCGUGGGCAACCGCGGACGCGCUGAGCAGUUCCACCAGGAGUUGCUCGAAAUCGGCGCCAGUCCCUCUGCAAACACUUUCGGUCUGUACAUCACCACGCUCAAGGAUUCAACCAAGACUUUCGACGAAGCUUCGGAGGCUGUCCGCAUCUUCCACCGUGCCAAGGCCGAGGGUGUUGAGCCUAGCUCAUUCCUCUACAAUGCUCUCAUCGGUAAGCUUGGAAAGGCGCGCCGUAUCGACGACUGCCUUUUCUACUUUGGUGAGAUGAGAAACCUCGGAAUCAAGCCUACGUCUGUCACCUACGGUACCAUUGUCAACGCUCUUUGCCGUGUUAGUGACGAGAAGUUUGCUGAGACGCUAUUUGACGAGAUGGAAGCCAUGCCUAACUACAAGGCCCGCCCUGCUCCUUACAACAGCAUGAUGCAAUUUUUCUUGAACACCAAGCGUGACAAGUCAAAGGUUCUGGCUUACUAUGAGCGCAUGAAGGCUAAGGGUAUAGCUCCUACCGUGCACACUUAUAAGCUCCUUGUCGAUACCCACGCCACUCUCGACCCAGUUGAUAUGGAGGCCGCUGAGGAGGUCUUGGGCAUGAUCCGUGCUUCGGGUCAGCGCGUUGAGCCCGUUCACUACGCUUCCCUCAUUCAUGCUAGGGGAUGUGUUCUGCACGAUAUGGAAGGUGCCAUGAAGAUGUUCGAUUCCGUCGUCAAGGAGUCUCUCGUUCCUAUCAGCGCCAGCCUGUACCAAGCUCUCUUCGAGGCUAUGGUUGCCAACCACCAGGUUGCUGCUUCCGAGCCUGUACUUGCACACAUGCGAAGCAAGGGUGUGGAGUUGACUCCUUACAUCGCCAACACACUGAUUCACGGCUGGGCAGCUGAGAAGCAGAUCGAGAAGGCCCAGGGCAUCUACGAUGCCGUUGGUCGGGAGAAGCGAGAACCCAGUACAUAUGAGGCUAUGACUCGUGCAUACCUAGCCGUGGAGCAACGAGAAGAAGCCAAGGGUGUCGUUGGUGAGAUGCUCACCCGCGGCUACCCCAGUGCUGUUGUCAACAAGGUCCUCGAGCUUCUCGGAGGAGGACAACAAGAAGUUGUCGAGUAG